UGCCUGUCAAGACGCGUCUCUGGCGCUGUUUUUCGAUUUUCUCGUAUUCUUUAUCUUUUCAAGCGCCGUUAUGAUCAGCGGCGGCCAAGCGUCAUAAUACUCCAGGUGAAAAAACAUAAUUAGUGAGUUUGUGUGACAACGACUGCUUGAAAACAACAAGAAUCACAUCGUUGUAAUUAAGCUGACCCAAAACUGUAUCUGAAACGUGCGAAGGACUAAGCAACGCGACUAGAGCCAGCGCAAAGCGAGAAUCUGCUGGAGGACCAAAAGUGACAACAACAAAACACAGACUUUUACAAAAUGGCGCCCACAAAGGCAUCCACCCGGGCCACCGCAACCAGUCAGGCGGCCAAGAACUCGCUCCUCGGCCUGGGCCCCACGGGCACACGCAAGGGUCUGAGUCGUCGGGCGGCGAACAACAACAAUUGCAACAUCGACCCCAAUGUGGAGAACAUGCAGACGCGGGGCAAGCGCAAGGCCGACAACAGUCCGAUCAAGAACGAAAAGAUCAAACGCUCUGCCCUGGGCAACCUUACCAACAAUGUAAAGAUCAUGACGCUGCAUCAGGGGGAGGAGGAUGCCAACCAGCAGCUGGUGCCCAAGAAGCCCACGGCCCAGCAGCUGCAGGCCCUGCUGGAUGCUAAGAACACUGACAACCUGAGUAUAAAUGUGUUUGCCAACAACAAAAUCAUGACUCGCGCCUCAACCAAGACAGACGAUUCAGUGGAGAACUGCCACAAGGUGUUGGACAAGUUCGAGGAGGCACUGGCUCGGCCCAAGCUGCGCCCGAAGGCAGUGCCCAGCAAGAAGACCGUUUUGGGGGAAGUUCCUAAUCCGAACCAAGUCCAGAUUCCCAUCUUGCCCCCUCCCAUGCAGAGUCUGGCCGCUCCCCAAGCCCAGGCACAAGGAAUGGUCAUCAAGCCGGUGCGUCGCAUCUCCAAUGACUUCAACAAGACUGAGGAUAGCCUAUACAUGUCUGCCCUGGAGGACGUAUCCACCUCCGACUCGAUGCGCCUCUCGGGCAACUUUGAGGCGGCGCGUCGGCGCUCUGCCAAAUUCCAACAAAAGACUGAACAGCCCAUAGUGGAGGCUGCAAACCUCGCUGCCGCUGCUGCCUUGGCGCCAGUGAUUCCACUGCGCCCCGUGCCCAAAGAUGUGGAGGAUUUUGACCUGAAGAACUGGGACGACCCCUUCCAGGUCUCGCACUACGCCAUGGACAUCUUCAACUAUCUGAAGACACGCGAGCCAGAAUUCCCCAUCGAGGACUACAUGCCGAGGCAGAUCCACCUGACCACGUGGAUGCGGACCCUGCUGGUUGACUGGAUGGUCGAGGUGCAGGAGACCUUCGAGCUCAACCACGAGACCCUCUAUCUGGCUGUGAAGAUCGUGGACCUCUAUCUGUGCCGCAAAGUGAUCAACAAGGAGAUGCUGCAGCUUCUGGGGGCCGCUGCCUUCUUCAUUGCCUGCAAGUACGACGAGCGCCAGCCGCCCCUGAUCGAGGACUUUCUGUACAUUUGCGACGGGGCCUACAACCACGACGAGCUGGUCAAGAUGGAGCGCGAAACGCUGCGCAUCAUCAACUACGAUCUGGGCAUUCCCCUGUCCUACCGCUUCUUGCGUCGCUACGCUCGCUGUGCCAAGGUCCAGAUGCCCACUCUGACUCUGGCUCGCUACAUCCUGGAGCUGUCGCUGAUGGACUAUGCCACAAUUGGGUUCAGCGACUCGCAGAUGGCCUCGGCCGCUCUCUUCAUGGCCCUGCGCAUGCACGCCGGUGCCGCCAAUCUGGAGCAACAGACCUGGACCUCGACUCUGGUCCACUACACGGGCUUCCAGUUGGCGGAGUUUGCCGAGAUUGUGCCCGUACUGAAUGCCGGACUCCAUCGCAAGCCGCGGGCCACAAUCAAGACGAUACGCAACAAGUACUCGCACAAGAUAUUCCACGAGGUGGCCAAGGUGCCGCUGCUCACCAACCAGGAGCUCUUUCAGAACAACCUCGAUCUGGAAUUGAACGCGAGCAAUCAGUCGUAGGACGUAGGACCACCUCAAAGAUUAGCCAAAUUAAUAUCGAGCAGCACCAAGUUACGCUUCAGUUAGGCUCUAAGACGCUUCAGACCCAAAAAAAAAUAUUAAAAAAAAAGCAAAACCCACCUCGAAAAAAAGACUAAAACGAAUCCACCCUUCCCCCCAUCCUUUGACCCCUUUUCCCCUUCCUUGCCACAUUCUCUUACAAGUUUUUAUAUUUUAUAAUUAAUUAUUAUUUGUGACAUUUUGCAUUAUACUCGUGUGUUUUCGUUGCAUAAAUAUUAUGUUAAGAGCGCUCACUGUUCCCCAUUUAUGUUUUACUGUUUAGUUUCCUUUUAUUCAUAUUUUUUAACAAGCCGAAACAACGUCCCAUCAGUCAUCAAUCCCCCCAACCGCUCUACAGCUAAACAAAUUAUGUUUUUAUUUUAUGAUGUAAGAUGUAUUCCAGCAUUUAAUAAACUUAUAUCGUAAGCCACCAAA